AGUGUAUUCUGACGCGUCGCCCCGACCGACCGCGAGACUCGCGAAUCGCGCGCGCUUACAAAACAGUAAAGAACAAUUUUCGCGUCCCCAAUCUCAAAGAAAAUAAUAUAAUCUACCAGUUUACUCUGAUAACCACUAUUUGUUAAAACAUUCAUUAAGAAAACUGUGAGAGGCGACAUGAAAACAACGAGUUGCUUGAGAAAACUGACAACGAGUAAAUUGAACAGGGUGCAGAAGAAUAGAAAUAGUUCUGAUUGGCUUAAGUGAUGAACAAACGGGCGGUCGGUCACAAUGCUAGCCGACAAUGAUACCCACAGUGACAUCGGUGGCUCGAAUGGCUCAUAUAACUUCUUCUUCGAGGACCCAAGAUUUAUAUCGAUACUCAAGCACAGAGGGCCGAACCAUACGAACAAUAUCGGCGAUGUUAUUAAAGUUCUAGAAGACUGGAGAAGUAGAUACAAUAUUUCGGUUGUUAAGGAAUGUGAGAAGUCGGAAUAUUGCUCCGGAGAAUUCAGAGAUUUGAUUCUCGCUUACAAUAGCAUACAUGGAUAUGUUAGCCUAUUGGUGUGUCUAUUCGGCAGUUUAGCAAACGCGCUGAACGUAGCAGUGUUAACACGUCGAGACUUAGCUGUGACUCCCAUCAACCGUCUGCUGAAGUGGCUGGCAGUGGCUGAUGUCUUCGUCAUGCUGGAGUAUGUGCCCUUCGCUAUCUACAGGUAUCUGCUGUUCCCAGACCAGGAAGAGCGGCCAUAUUCCUGGGCAGUGUAUAUGCUGUUCCAUAGUCACUUCACUCAGAUUCUGCACACAGCUUCUAUACUGCUCACGUUAUCGCUAGCAGUCUGGCGGUAUAUUGCUAUCAAGUAUCCAACGUACAGCCCAUCGCUGUGCACAGAUAGAAGAUGCACAAUAGCCAUACUGCUCAGCUUCGUGUUACCGCCUAUAUUAUGCAUACCUUCGUAUUUUGUAUUCACAAUACACAAAGAUUUCGCUUUCGACAAAAGUGGACAUAUGCUGACAAAAGUCUACUUUGUCGACUCUGAUUACGACGGCAGCUUAUACCAGAUUAAUUUCUGGGUGCAUGCAGUACUUAUAAAGUUGUUACCUUGUGUCAUACUGACUGUUAUAAGUGCGUGGCUAGUAAGAGCAUUGUACAGAGCAAAUAGUAGGAAGAAAGCUCUGAAAGGCUACAGCGCUUGUCCCGCGAACACGGUUGUCAAUGGCAACGGAAAUGUGUUUACGAGAAAGUCUACGAAACGCUCGAAAGCGGAGCGGAGGACUGAUCGGACUACGAAGAUGUUGGUAGCUGUGCUGUUGCUGUUCCUGUUGACGGAAUUUCCUCAAGGAAUUUUAGGUCUUCUAAGUGGAGUCCUCGGAAGGUGUUUCUUUAAGCAAUGUUACGAUCUCUUCGGCGAGCUGAUGGAUGCACUGGCACUCCUGAACGGGGCUAUCAACUUCGUCCUAUACUGUUCCAUGUCUCGACAGUUCAGGACGACUUUCGGGCAGAUGAUACGGAAUAGGUGUGCGCCCGCGCAAAGAGCGAACUCGCAUACCGAACUACAGACUACGUAUGUGUAAAUGUAGGUACAGUGAAGUGAUAAAGUGUUUACCUAUAAGUGUAAAAAGACAUGCUUUGGACUUAUAUGCAGUGUUAACAUACUUAAAUCUUAAAAAAUGUUUUGGACAUGUUCUUUUUUGCAAAAAAGUGAGUAGUGUUGAACUCAAUAGUGAAAGACUGAAGCACAACUUUGAGUGACUAUACUAUGACUAUUCGAACUCGAUUGCAAGGUGUACCUAAAUACUAAAAUGUCGUUCGAAAAAUAAUAGGUACACGAGAUAUAAAUGUGGCUUAAAUAUUAAGAGUGUUUUAGUAUUCGCGUGUUCUACGGACAACGAAAAACUUUACUGUUAAGUAUGAACUUUAAUGUACAUUGCCUUGCUUAGUAAUGGACGCAUUGAAAUGAAUGUUACGUACAAAGUGGAAUUGAUACCAUAGCGGAAAGUAGUUUUCAUUUAACUGUCGAUCAAACACAUUAAAAUAUGUUUUUUUUUUCUGUGACAAAUUAAAACAAAGCAAUAGAUGAUGAUGGUGUAUUUUUUUCAUUAAAUAUGUACAAAUAGAAAAAAAAUAUAGGUACGUGUAAUAUCAAUGAUGGUAAAAAUAUUUUGAUAUAGGGACUUUUCCACCUGAUAAAAUACACUGUGUAGAUAACUGUGUCAAUUUAUUGGCAAAUUGUUCGAGAAGGUACCUACAGAGGAAAAUUUGUACAGAAUUGUACCUAAUAAGAAAAUUGUGACGUGAAUCAUACGGAUGGAUACUCCGUGUAUUUUUCAAAGAAUAUUACAAAAACAUGCUUUAAAAAGCUUGUAUGAGUACAUUGUAUGUAUGUUCUCAUUGACUUUGCCAAACUGACCGUUUUUCUUCCAUUAAAUCCUAAACACACAAAAAAGACAAAACUUUUCCUCAAUUUUCAUCAGUUGGCUAGCUGUGUUUAACGAAAUACGUAUAGAUUGAAACUUGUACAAAGAAUAAGACAUUUUUCUUUUAUUUCCACUGACCGAAACUUUCCACUCGAUAACCCUUUGUAAAUUGAAAUACCUACCUAUUGUCAUUUCAGAUCUAAGUUGUCUUUUAUUUUUUGUGUCUGUAAUCGAUCUGACGGUCUCAAUAUAAUCACCAGUUAGAUACCAUUUUCUAACCGUUUUAUUAUUUUCUAAAGAUUAUUUGUAUUGGUAUGUUUUGAAAGGUCAUAUCACCACUCAACAAAUACAUUUAUGAAGCCGCCAUUUUUCUUGUAAACCCUUUUUAUGAUGGCGCGAAUGCCACCAUCAGUUAAGGUCUCGAUCUGACCGCGACAAUGAUAAAUCGAAUCUCGAAUAUUCAAGACAGUGAUUGAAACGUCUUUCGGCCUCUUGUAAAAUAUUAUGUUCAGAGAGUCUGUCAGGAACAACCAAACGUAAGGCUCGGUUUCACUCGCUACCGAUAAAGUGUCAGGUAGUUAAUGCUAUAUACUAGAUAUUGCUUGUAUUUAUCUCUCAGACAAGUUCUUGAUAGAGCUAUCAGAGACUUUGUCCAAAACCGAUGAAACUAGCCAUAAAUGGGUACAUACAGGAAUGCAAUCGAAUUUUCAUUAUCCCUAGAAAGAGAAUGCCAUCGAUUUAAACAUAAACACGAGUAAUAAACACAACUUUUUGUGAAUCAUUAGAUUUCCCACCCCCAAGUAAAUUCCCUUUAAAAAGAAUUAGUAACGUUUUUAUACGACUUUCCUCUCAUAAAUAAAGGGGAGUGUCUUUCAAAAGAUUUAUAGGCACAACGGUUUGUUUAUGCCGCUCAAUAAAGAAAGCUAAACAAAUGUUUGCAUUAGUCACAAUUUGGGGCAACCCUGCUGUAUCCUCUAUGAUUUGCAUAAACUCGUGCAAUAUCAACUAGGCACGUACAUUUUGCACGAUCGGUACAGAAUUCCACAGUCGUAUCGUGGAAAGAGUACAACAAUUCUAUAUUUGUAGCCACUAUUGUGUGAAUGAAACUUGUUUUCAAAGGGUAUAUUUUUAAUACAAAAUAGCUGGAGGGCUUCCCUAAGGAUGUAUCGUUUUGAGAUAGGAAUAUGUCUUUCAUGUUAUGUACUCUAUAAUGUAAAAUGCUUUCUUGACGCUAUCACGGAAGAUUUCGUUUCGUCACGAAGGCUUGAUGACAGUUAUAUUAAUACUAAUUAAUAUGUUACUCGAGAUAGGAAGAACGGUUGUUUGUAAAAUAUAUAAUUGUAUAGUAUUUUAUUUAAUGCCGUAAUAAAUGGAAUUGUUACUCUAAAA